CAGCGACCAGACCCCCCUCCGACAUAAAAGAAAACAGAGAGAUCCACGAAACGCUCGAAAACGCGCACCCGGAAAGACUAGGCACCGUCGAUCGCGUCGACCCACCAGGGGAAUAAAACCAAACCAUGAUGGAUCCGGGCACCUCCACCUCCGCCGACGGCCCCUCCUCCUCCGCCGCCCCGUCGCGGUGGGCCGCCGCCGUCUCGCAGCGGUACCAGCACCUCCUGGACAAGUCCGUGCCGCACCUGUCGCGGCGGUGGAUCGCGACGCUGGCGGUGGCGUGCGUGUACCUCGUCCGGGUCUACUUCUUGCAGGGCUUCUACAUCGUGACGUACGGGCUGGGCAUCUACAUGCUGAACCUGCUCAUCGGCUUCCUCUCCCCUCAGGUCGACCCGGAGCUCGCCGACGGCGGCGGCGGCGGCGGCGGUCCCGGCCCGUCCCUCCCCACGCGCGGCUCCGACGAGUUCAGGCCCUUCGUCCGCCGCCUCCCCGAGUUCAAGUGUUGGUUACAAAUCACAUGGGCAUUUGUGAUUGCUUUCAUGAUGACGUUCUUCAGCGUGUUCGACGUACCUGUCUUCUGGCCAGUACUCCUUUUCUACUGGGUCAUGUUGUUUACGCUUACAAUGAGGAGACAGAUAAUGCUUAUGGUCAAAUACAAAUAUGUCCCAUUCACUUUUGGCAAACGGCGCUAUGAUGGAAAGAGAGCAUCUUCAACUGAUAGUGCGAGCCUUCCGAGGGAUUAAAUAUUUCAAGUAUGAUUUAUCUAUAGUUCUCAAGUAGGCUUCUCUUAUUCCCGGUGUCAUGCCAGCAGAUGGAGGUUUCUCACAGCAAAAGAUUGGAUCAAAGACUAAUUUGGCAUGUUGCCUGAUACUCCACCUUUCUGAAAGAGAUCUUAUAGAUAAGCCUACAGAAACCAUCAUGGAAACUUCUCAAGAGGAGUGAAGUUAUUGUACUUUUUCUAUCUUAGCUUUAGUAAGGGGUAGUCCCAAUUUGUUCUUUAGACAUGGCAUUUUUUGUACUGCUGUCAUUUUAAUAUAGCUGAAGUUCUCAGUUCCCUUUUUGUUACC